AAAAUCUUUACGAGACUAAGUACAUUAAUUGAAAUUCAAAAACUCAGAAAUACGAAGACUCCUUACGAGGACUAUUUGUAAUUGUAUUUUCAAAACAAGAUGGCUCUAGCGCGCGCAAGUGUGUCAGAAGCUGCGCUUCGUCGCCCCAACGUUCUCAGUGGUGCUCUGUCAGAGCAGCUGACCAAUCAACGACUAGGUCUGCGUUUACAACCUGGCAAGCAAGACCAGCAAUCCGAUGGAGCAGGAACGCGAUAUCGUGUCGUAACCUAUGUGCACGGAGACGGCGGUGAAGGUGAUCAAGGUGGCCUACAGAUAGCUGGGCAACGCAAGAAACCGCUAGGCUUAGCUUUAAAUCCACGAUAUGUGGAGAGCUACGUUACUGGGGUCGAUUUGGAUCGAUAUUGCAGUUAUGGUCAUUGGUCGACUAGAGAUAGAGUGUGAGUUCAACUUUAUUUUUCUUACCCCUGCUAGUUCUAGUUCUAGUACGGUAGUACCAAUACUGAUUGGUGAGUUUGUUUAAGGAGGCAUUCCGCCAGGCGUUGACUAUCUUCGAUCUGAUUUGUUGACACCGAAUGUCGAUUUUCUAUUCAUGAUGUUCUUGUUGAUGGUCCUGUUGAUGUUCUUGUUCUAGGUGCUCCUCAUCUUCUAGUUUUCAUUUGCCGUUCUAAGGCAAAGAAGUUCAGAACGGCGUUUACUGGCGCGACGGCGAUUGUGAGUUUUUUCAGGGCGUCGACGAGAAGAAAAGGCCAUUUUUGCACAGGGACUUGUUCAUGGAGGAGCAUGUGGAAGCGGAGAAAGCUAAGAGAGCUGCUGCUGCCUUACGAGCGUCUUCUUCUGGCGAAAAUGAAAAUGGUAAGACUUCUCUUGCAAAGUCGAAGUCAGCGUCGUCAAUAGGCAGUGGAGGUAGAGGACUACUUUUUGGGAGCAGGAAACAAGCACUAGCAAAGGGUGCAACUACCACAUCAACUACUGCUGGGAGCAAAGCGAGUAAACGUCCAACUACAACAUCAGCAUUCAUCCCUGGAUCAUCCGCAAACGCAAAAAACAAGAAAGCAUGGUACAUGAGGAAGAAUAAAGACGGCACAGUGGUAUUCGAUUUUAUCGCUCGUGUAGAGGAUCACACGAUAUAUCCUAAAUUGCCUCGAGACGCCCUUGUAGAGGACGACGGUGCAGAGGCUGGUGGUGAUAAAAGUAGAAUUAAGGGAUUCCACAUUGCAUCCUUCACUACCAUACUUGGCUCCUUAUCCUUUUCAAGGUUGUUCUGAAGAAUGCAAUUCGGCAACCUUUAAUAGAAGGUCACGAAAUAAGCAAGGAACGAGACCGAGUACCGCUCCUGCAACGCGGAAGGGGCUCCCUACAGGUAGCUAUUUGUAAUUUUGAAUCUGAUGGGGAUUCGUCUUGGUAGCAUCAAUUUUUUUUGACGUAAUUAGUUGGAUGCCGAUUUCAUAAUCAUGAAAGACUGACUGCGAAAAGUAUUUCACGUCCUGGACGAAUCAAAUAUUCAUAGGACCUCUCUGACUCUACCCCAUCCCCACCACAGGUCACGCUAGUACGAGCGCAAUCGCUGUUGAGGCAAAAGCGUCGAAUCAUAUGAGACCACAAGGUUCUUCUAGUACCGCUGCUGCUGGUGCACCACCUCCUACGAAUCUACAGCCUCUUCUCUACUAUCAACACAAUAACGAGCAGGGGAAGGAGCAGCCAGAUCUUUCUACUCCACAUGCGAGGUUGGCUGCUGAUCGUGCGCUAUUGACUAGUCGUCGCAGUCUCGAAAAGUUUGGGGCGACAAACAUCAAAACGUCAAAAAGCAACCUGAACCUGUUGAGAGCAUCAGACGGUCUUUCAUCAACAGUAGAUGGAGUCUACAGAAGUCGCAGGCGUUUCAACGCAGCGUCCAGGGUGCAUGAAACUAGACAAAACGAAAACACAAAACAUAUUUGACCUCACAUCUACAACUAGACGAGUGACAUUAAUUCAUAUGUUGAGGUUUAUUUGAGCUUACUUUCCAUUUGGUUAAAAACAUCUAUUGGUAUCGACAUUUCUUGGGCCAUUAUCAUAGUGACACCAUUUACUUAUAUUUUUUGGAUAUGUUGAGGAGCUAAGUGUAAGUAUGAAGCGACGACAUUUGCUUCAGGGCUGUGUAUUCAUGUCAUGUGUAGUUUUAGUUUUUAUCCGCAAUUUCAGCUUGGUGUUAGAAGUCUUCAUCAUGUCUGAAUCAAAAGGGUUCUCGUCUCUCCUAUGUAUUGCUCCUGCUAAUGCAAUAUUUUUUUCGAUCCGACUGGACUAUUCCAAUGCCGAUUUAGUUUCCUACUUUUUCCUCGGGCUUGCUCUGCAUUGCUGACUGUCCCCGAUCAUUCCCCUCUUCCCCACUUUUUUUGCCUCUCGCGCUGAUUCAUUAAGAUACAACUCAGUCGAAUCAGAUUCCCAGCUUGUCAUAAGAUCUCCAGCAGUUGUAGUAUUUUCAUUUCUGCAGCAAACGAAUUCAAGAGUCAGUUCUAGGUAGGAGCAGCGGCUGCAUUACCGCUGCUGCUUAGUACCAC